UAACCCUAGCUCUCGAGUGAGUCACCGCUUAUUUUUCACAUCCAUCUUCGCGGCUCUGCUAAACCCUAGCUCCCAGCUAAGCUUCCGUCGCCGCCGCCGAUUUACACUUGCGUUGCGAGGUUUCUCAAACCUGCAAAACAAUGUCGGACGACGAACAAGAGGAGAGGGAGUUGGAUCUCACCUCUCCUGAAGUCGUCACCAAAUACAAGAGUGCAGCCGAGAUUGUUAACAAGGCGUUGCAGUUAGUCAUAAAAGAAUGCAAGCCAAAAGCUAAGGUUGUUGACCUUUGUGAGCAGGGCGACUCUUAUAUCAGAGAGCAAACUGGCAACAUGUACAAGAAUGUGAAGCGGAAGAUUGAAAGGGGUGUUGCUUUUCCCACUUGCAUAUCUGUAAACAAUACUGUCUCCCAUUUCUCUCCGCUUGCCAGUGAUGAGUCUGUUUUGGAAGAAGGUGAUAUAGUGAAAAUUGAUAUGGGGUGUCACAUUGAUGGUUUCAUUGCUGUGGUUGCGCACACCCAUGUUCUUCAGGAUGGGCCAAUAACUGGGAGGAAGGCUGAUGUUAUUGCUGCAGCAAAUACUGCUGCUGAAGUUGCCUUGAGGCUUGUGAGGCCGGGAAAGAAGAACAAAGACGUUACAGAUGCAAUUCAGAAAGUGGCUGCUGCUUAUGACUGUAAAAUUGUUGAAGGUGUUCUUAGCCACCAACUGAAGCAGUUUGUGAUUGAUGGAAACAAGGUCAUAUUGAGUGUUGCUGGUCCAGAAACGAGAGUUGAUGAUGCAGAAUUUGAGGAGAAUGAAGUUUAUGCUAUAGAUAUUGUCACAAGCACAGGUGAUGGCAAGCCCAAGCUGUUAGAUGAGAAGCAAACAACUAUUUAUAAGAGAGCUGUUGACAAGAAUUAUCAUUUAAAGAUGAAGGCUUCUAGAUUUAUUUUUAGCGAAAUAAACCAGAAAUUUCCCAUCAUGCCCUUCACUGCAAGGGCUUUGGAUGAGAAAAGGGCUCGUCUGGGAUUAGUUGAAUGUGUAAAUCAUGAUCUCUUGCAGCCAUAUCCUGUCCUUCAUGAAAAGCCAGGUGAUUUCGUUGCUCAUAUUAAAUUCACCGUCUUGCUGAUGCCAAAUGGAUCAGAUCGGAUCACAUCACACCCUCUGCAGGAGCAGCAGCCAACCAAGACAAUAGAUGAUCCUGAAAUCAAAGCUUGGUUAGCUUUGGGCACUAAGACAAAGAAGAAAGGUGGUGGGAAGAAGAAGAAAGCCAAGAAGGGUGAGAGAACUGAAGAAUCUACAGAAGCUGAGCCCAUGGAUGCAACCACAAAUGGUGCUGAAUCCCAAGAAUGAUUUCCAAAUUUACUUCUUCUCAGUUUCAAUUUUGCUACUCCUUUAGACCCCGGUAUCUUGUUGGCUGAGCUAUAUUUAAUACAGCUUCAGACAUUGAUCCCAAACAAAUCUUUCCUGUAACCUUCUCUUAUUUGGGCAUUUGUUGAGUAUUUAAGUAUAUUUAUAAACUAAAAUUAAUAACCUAUUGGAAUGUUGUGAAUGUUGGAUUGGUUGGUAUGGAAAUUUGAGCAAUACUAGGGGCACUCGCUUUUGGCACUCUCCGGUCAGCACUUUCUCUUUUAUUGGGCCACGUUAUCUUGGUUCCCGAGAAGUUGCGCUGAAAGCUUUAAAGAAGCUUACGUGGCCCAAUGAAAGGGGAAGUGUUGGCCGGAGAGUGAGAAAAGCGAUUGCCCCUAGCAUUGCUCUGGAAAUUUUGAUCGAGUG